AUGAAAUUCACAUUAAUCGAUUCUAUUUUUAUUACGUUGAUCUCAAUUAUUGCAUUGUAUGCCCGACUGUAUACAAUAGCGCAUCCAACAGUUGUUACCUUCGAUGAAGUUCAUUUUGGAAAUUUCACAAAAUGGUAUAUCAACAAAAGAUUUCAUUUUGAUAUCCACCCACCUUUGGGUAAAAUGUUAAUGGCAUACAUAUCAAAAGCAAGUCAAUAUAAAGGAAAUAUCGAUAGUUUUAAUAAUAUUGGUACUGCAUUUAAAACAAAUGAGACAGCUUACUUAAGUGUUCGUAUUAUUCCUGCGAUAUUCUCAUCUUUUGUCUCUCCUUUAUUAUAUACAGCGCUAAGAAAUUUCGAAGUUAGCCCAUUUACAUCUUUUGCUUCAGUUUUUCUUGUAGCAUUUGACUCAUCCAUGAUUACAGAAUCCAAAUUUAUUCUUUCUGAUGGCAUGUUACACUUCUUUUCUGCACUUCACAUUGAAUGUUUCGCAUUAUUCAUGCGUACUCAGAACAAUUAUCAUGUGGUAUUAGCAGGUAUUACAUUAGGAUGUGCGUCUGCUUGCAAAUAUACCGCUUUAGGUUUAAUCGCAUUAGAUGGCUUAGUUCAAGUAGCCUGGAUCCUUGUAAAAUGGCCAUCAAUCAUAGAUAUCAUAUUACGAGCAGGUCUGAUACUUGUUCCUACAUUUUUUUCAUUUGUUACGGUUUGGAUUUUCCAUUUCGCGCUUACUCCUUACCACGGACACAACAGUAACUACAUUGACCAAGCAGACAGACAUACCCUCAUGGAACUUGACAAUCCGAACACUUCUUAUUGGGGAAAUCGACUUACAAAAUCUCCCCUCUUUUUACGUAUAAUUAAAUGGAAUAUUGUCAUGAAUGCCAUCAACAUGAGAUCAAACUGUCCACAUCCUUGGUCCUCGUCACCUGAAUAUUGGCCUCUUCUAAUGGAUAAAUAUGUUAUGUUUUAUUCAUCGGGAGAAUAUCGUCAAAUCAUGUGUUUUGGCCUACCCGUUAGUUAUUGGUUCUCAGCAGCUAGUAUUGUUCUAGCUAUUCCCUUCUUAUUCUUCAAACUUUCCGAUUAUCGAAAUUUAAUUUGGAUUCUCGGAUGGUCUGUUUCAUUUUUCCCCUUCUUAAGAGUCCCAAGAACCAUGUUCCACUACCAUUACUUGGUUCCUUUGAUGUUCGCAACUCUAAAUUACGGAACUCUCAUUGAAAAGUCCCUGGAAAACCAUUUGUUCAUGAAGAGUUUUGUAAAUCUCCUGACCAUGGCCUCUGUUUUCUCAUGCUACUUGUUUUUCAGCCCUUACAUCUACGGAACACCUUGUCCUCAAUGUGGAAACACAAGAAGCUGGGUUAAGGCAUGGUCAAAUGGUCCUGCACCGUCAUUUAGUUACUACAAUAAGCCAAUGUACCAUACAGCUCUACUUAAGGGAUCUCUUCCUUUGUAA